CCUACCCCAUCUCCGCCCCGAUGCGAGCGGUACUGCCGGGGAGACCCCCGACGAAGCUCCAAUCCUUCAGCACUGCGCUGUGGGAGGGGAUUCGCAUCGUUGCGUACAUAUCCGGCCAUGCACUGGUUGUCCUCGGCGGUCCGCACCAGCUCCUCCAAACCAUCUACGUCGACGACACCGAAGCCCUGGAGGCGGUCACAAUCGAUGAGGUCUCGGGCAAGAUUGCUGUCUGCGGAGGUCCCGACGUGUUCAUAUACCAGCCGUACGGAAUCCAGCAUGAGACAUUGAAGUGGUCUCUAGUGCAAACAUUUCGCAGCGAAGAUGACGACGAGACGAUCCACACCCUGUCGUGGGGCUCCUCGGAGGAGCUGCUCCUGGGCAAUUCACACCUCACCCUCUGGUUCCUGAACGAUACGCCGCGCCAGGUGUGGAAGCAGAAGGUCGCCGCUCCGGUCAAGUUUGCGCAAUUCUCGCCGGAUGCGACGAUUUUGGUCACCACGGGGCACUACGAUCGCAUGGCCAAAGUCUGGCGGCGACUCGCGUUCGGCACCGACAUCCGGUUCGAGGUGUCGUAUCUUUCCCAUCCGACCGUUGUGACGGGGAUUCACUGGCGCAGACCAUACCAUCGGGAACAGUCGAUGGAGAAUGUUUUCUAUACGUUGUGCGCGGACAACAAGAUCCGGGUGUGGGCGACCAUCGACCACCACGCGCCGAGCGCCCUGCAGCUGUGGGCGCAGAUCGAUAUGGCUGCGUCGGUUCAGCCGAGACACACGGAGGAGAAUGAGAUCACCCGUCGGUAUGGAUUUAUAGUCGAUAGCCGGGACUUUUGCGUCGCGACGGAGCGGGCCGUGCAGAGAGGCACCGGGAACAAAGGCAACCACGCGCUGGAGCAUAUCAUUGAGGUUGCGAACAAGAGUCCGGAAGUCUGUGUGGUGCUAGACGGGCAGGGACAUAUGUCGGCCUGGGCGUUGGAGGAUGUCGGAUCCAAGGCCAAAUCGGAGUUGAAUAUGUUCAACAUCCUGCAUGUGGAAGGCUUGAAUUUCUCGCUGAUGCCGGGAAUCACCGUGGAGGAGGACUAUGCGCAGCUGUGUGCGUUUCAGGGCGCAGAGCCAGGCGACUCCAUCAGUGUUCUAGUCCAUCACUUUGACGGUCGGAUCGAAUGGUACGAGUCCCCGGUGGAUGUUCUAUUCGAUCCAGCCCCGCGCAAAAACCGAAUUUCCCUGAAGGCGUCAUGGACCGGACACAACGGGCCCAUCAAGAAAAUUGUUCGAAAUGCGAUCGGUCAUACACUGGCCUCGCGCACGGAUGACAGCAAGGCGUUGAUCUGGAGGCAGAAGCGGCGAGAUACUGGCACGGCGCUCCUUCGGCAGAGCACGCUGCUUUCGGACGAACACAUCCAUCGCAGCUGUGUGCUCGAAGACGGGGAUUUUCUGGUCAAUCUUCACCACAAUGGGAUCUCCUUUUGGGAUAUUCGUCCGUUCCAUGCAAAAAAGCUUGCGUCUACGACGUUCAAAUUAUCUGGAAAGCCCCUCUGCGUGUUGCCCAUUCCGACUGCGGAAAAGAACGGGGUCGUGUAUAUAGCUACUAUCGCGGCUGGCAUGGAUGGGAUAGUCUGGGAGUUUCGACUGCCGACUGCAGAGCAAGCAAACGGGAAGCGAGAUGGGGCUCAAUGCCAGCUUCGGAAAUUCUGUGAUUUCCAUCUAGGGCUGGAUGAGGAUAUGGCUUACAUCCUGCCCGUCGACCCAGCAGGCCGUAAAUCCGAGAUGUCUGGGUUCUUUGACCUCUUUUCGCCGGAUAUAGCGCUGUCCUACACCAAGACUGGCAUUGUCCGGACGUGGACGGCCAAGAUCGAUAAGGUCCAUAGCCGCGUUGAGUGGCUCUUGACGUCGACGGCCGAGACGGGCAUUGCGAACCCAUCCCUUGCCAGUGGGAGCUCCAUCAAGAAAGCCGCCCUCGUGGAUGAAGACCGGACGCACUUGACGAUCUGGGAUAUGAACGAUGCACAGCUGGAGUUUGAGGAGCAUUUCUCGCAGGGAGACAUCAUCCGCGACCUUGACUGGACGUCCACACCAGAUAUGCAGUCCAUUCUGGCCGUUGGAUUUCCCCACAAAGUGAUACUCCUGUCUCAACUUCGAUACGACUACCUUGACUCCCGCCCGUCGUGGACGCAGAUCCGCGAGAUCUGGAUUCGCGAUCUCACGCCUCAUCCCAUCGGGGACUCCUGUUGGCUUAGCAAUGGCUGCCUCGCCAUUGGGGCUGGAAACCAACUUUUUGUAUAUGGCAAUGAAAUCGACACUGCUGAUCACCUGGUAUCUCAGCUACGUAUACCAGCGCGUGGCUCGUCUACGGUGGAUCUCUUUGAGGUCGUCAGCAGGCUGAACGGGCCGCUGCCCGUUUUCCAUCCCCAGUUUCUGGCGCAGUGUAUCCUGAGCGGAAAAACCAAUCUGGUGCACUCGGUGCUCAUGAACCUCCACCGCAAACUCAAAUUCCACACAGACGGGGACGACCUCGAUGGUUUCCUGGAUAUGCCGGUGGAGGACUUCUGGGUGGAACAUGAUACGCCGCAGAAAGCCACGUCCAAGGAGAUGAAUUCCUCCUAUGCGGAUAUUUCAAUAGAGGAUGAGUCUCUGGUAGUGGACGAGAACACGGCUUUGAUCCUGAAUGAAAACCUGGCACGCUUUGCCUUACCGCAGCUUUCCAGCCAGGAGCAGUUCCGUCUUGUCGACACGAUCGAAUGUGUUGCUACAGUUGAAAAACACCGACGCUCGAUGGACGACAACGCGGCCCGCUACCUUCUCUUUUUCCGACAGCACAUGCUGCGCAGGUCGCAGGGCGUGGCGAACAAAGAUCGGGUUUCCUGGCGAGAGAUUGUCUGGGCAUUUUACAGUGGGAGCCAGGAUAUCCUGGUCGACCUCGUGUCACGACAGUUUGGCGGCAAAAUGACGUGGAAGUCGGCUCGGGAGAGCGGGAUAUUUAUGUGGUUGUCGAACCCUGCUGCAGUGCGAGCCCAACUGGAGGUGGUUGCUCGCAACGAAUAUACCAGCACAGAAGAAAGAAACCCGAUCGACUGCUCGCUAUACUACCUUGCCCUCAAGAAGAAGAACGUUCUCCAAGGCCUCUGGCGGAUGGCCCAUUGGCACCGCGAGCAAAACGCGACGCAACGCCUGCUCUCCAACGACUUCCAGGAGGAGCGAUGGAAGACGGCGGCGUUGAAGAACGCCUACGCCUUGCUUGGGAAGCGAAGAUUCGAAUACGCCGCCACUUUCUUCCUUCUUGCAGGCCACCUCCGCGAUGCCGCCCUCGUCUGCAUCAACCAAGUCGGCGAUCUCCAACUCGCCAUCGCAAUCACCCGCGCGUACGAAGGAGAUGACGGCCCUGUCCUGAAGGAGAUCCUCGAAGAGAGGGUCCUCCCAGAGGCCGCCUCAGACGGAAACCGCUGGAUGGCCUCCUGGGCAUUCUGGAUGCUGGGUCGUCGUGGCAUGGCCGUCCGGUCACUAAUCUCCCCCGUCGAGUCGCUCAUCCCCGAAACCCCCGCCUCCCCCGGCAGCCCAGGGAUGAUCCCCCUGCAAGCCAAAUCCUACCUCUCCAACGACCCUGCCCUGGUCGUCCUCUACAAACAACUCCGCGAAAAGACCCUACAGACCAUCAAAGGCGCCUCGAAAGUCUCCGCCCAGUCCGAGUGGAACUUCAUCAUCCGCAACGCGCGUCUCUACGACCGCAUGGGCUGCGACCUGCUCGCCCUGGACCUGGUCCGCCACUGGGAAUUCCUCGCCCCCCAGCCCCCCAAGGGCCAGGACCGCCCACUGGACCUGCAAGACCACGAGCUGGAUUACCGCAAGAUGCUCCGUCGGAGAAGCAGUCUCGUCGUUGCGGAUCUGCCAGUUAGGGAUAAUCUUACUCUGGCGCAGAAGAUCCAGCCGCCGGCGGCGUCGACACAGACACAGACACAGACACAGACGCAGAAGCCGAAGCCGAAGCCCCCGCCGACAAUGUUUCAUGAGCCGGAUGCGAACUCGUUGCUUGAUAGCUUUGGGUUUUAGGUGCGGUAGUUGGGUGGUGGGUGAUUGGGUGAGCGAGUAGUGAGUUACUGAAUAAUGUGUGUUUGCAUUUAUUUGCAGUAUCAACUUGGGGGUUGUCGCUGUCCGUGUCCUUUUUCCAUGACUACUUCUUGUAUCAUAUAGUAUUUUAGUUUAUUCUAUGUCAGCUCGUAUGGAUUGCUGUCAAGAGUGUAAUACCAAAG